AUGGACAUGGAAAUUCUACUGGAGUUCAAGCAAGGCAUGUUGCAAAGCAAUUCUACCUUUUCUAACUGGCAUGAAGGAAACAAGGGUGGGAUUUGCAGCUGGAGAGGCAUUAGUUGCAAUUCUAAACGCCAAGUAGUGUCCAUACAUCUAUCCUCUGUGGAUCUCGAUGACGCCUUGGUGGGAACUCUCACGCCAAGGCUUGGGCAGCUUUCAUAUCUUUCAGAGCUCGAUCUAUCGUUUAACAAAAUAACGGGGCAAAUUCCUACCACCCUCGGAAAUUGCUCCUCACUCACAGAGCUCAACUUGAGAGGGAACCAAUUGACUGGCCAUAUUCCAGCAACAUUAGGGCAGCUCCAGAAUCUCACUGAGCUCUGGCUAUCUGAUAAUUUCUUGAGCGGGUCUAUUCCAUCGAGUGUUGGGAACUGCUCCAAGCUGCAGUUCCUCAAUCUGGAAAACAACACCUUAACAGGCUCUAUAUCUCCAUCGCUGGGUAAGCUCAAGAAAUUGGAAAGGUUAUCACUUCUUAAGAACAAUUUGGAGGGGCUUAUACCAAUCACUCUUGGAAACCUUUCGCGCCUCACAUUUCUAGACAUGUCUGACAACCUUCUAUAUGGCCCAUUACCUGGCUCUUUUGCUGGUCUUCGUAGGCUAAAGUGGUUGGGACUAUCGCGAAACUAUUUUCUCAACGGAUCGAUUCCUUCUGAUGUUAUGGUGGGCAUGCCAUCUCUAACGCACCUAGAGCUCCAUUACAACAACUUUACAGGAAACAUUCCCAUGUUUAAUGCGUCUUCUCCUGUCGUGCUACUUCGCUUGGACGUUAACAGCCUGACAGGAAGCAUUCCGCAUUCAAUCACAGAGAUCAAGGCUCUCCAGCAAUUGCACCUCAACAAAAACUAUCUAGAUGGAAGCAUUCCAAAAGGCAUUAGCCAGCUGGAUCGUCUUGAGACACUUGACUUGAGUGACAACUAUCUCAGAAAUGAAGUUCCUCCACUCGACAAAUGCACCAAUCUUGGCUAUCUCGACCUCCACGGAAACUCGAUACGGAGCAAAAUGCCAACGUUUGGUGCAUGCACUAACCUGGUUUACUUGGAUCUCUCAACGAACGAGUUCCAGGGAGAGAUUAGCUCAAGGCUAGGGAAUUGCUCCAAGCUCAAGGUUGUCAACUUUGCGCAGAACAAUUUCACGGGUGAGGUGCGGCUUGACUUGAGUAACUUAACAAGUUUGGUCUUCUUUGUCAUUUGCAACAACAUGUUGAGUGGCACCAUUUCAGUCAAAAGCUUGAAUUCCACUUACCUCAGAGUCGUGGACUAUAGUAGGAACCAUUUCACAGGCGAGAUCCCUCAAGAGACUUGCAGCUGGUCUGGAAUUAUGAUAUUGUCUUUUGCAUACAACAAGCUGUUUGGCCAGAUUCCAGCUUGCAUCACCAAUCUCAUUUGGCUCCAAAUUUUAGAUUUGUCAAACAAUAAGCUCAUAGGGCAGCUGCCAGGCAAGCUUUGGAAGUUUCAAGGUUUCAAGGGCAACACUAGUGGGGAUUUGAAUCUUGGCAUUUAUACAGGGGUUCAGUUGAACCUGGUUAUCACGGUCAAUGGCGCAAGGUUACAGUUUGAUCGGACAACCAUCGUUGUUUCAAACAACAUGACUUCAUUAGACAUCUCAAGCAACUCUCUCGAGGGCGUCAUCCCAGAAGAAAUUGGGCAACUGGUUGGACUAAUGCAUCUCAACCUCUCGCACAACCAGUUCACCGGUGCCAUACCUCUCAAUCUUUCCAGCUUGAAAAAGCUUCAGUCGCUUGACUUGUCGUGGAACAUGCUCCAAGGCAGGAUCCCAAACGAGUUUGGGGAAUUGCCUUUGUCUGCCUUUAAUGUUUCAUUCAACAACUUAAGCGGAUUGGUCCCAACUGCUUACAAUAUCAACACUCGAUUUCCACUUGCAUUCCAAGGCAAUAAGAACCUUUGUGGGUUUCCAUUGUCUCCUUGUGGCCAUGCAACAAAGGAUCAAGAGCACCCUGCAAGUCACAAAAGUUGGGAGAAAGACUUCCUCUUCCAUGAAGCUUCAGUGUGGGCAUUUGGCUGCGCAUCCCGUUUUCAAGGCCACCGGAAAUCUGGGCGACUCCCCCUCAUUACAAAGCCAGCUGAGUCUUACAUUCUCUUCCUUAAGAGUGCAGGAGUCAUCACUUUCCACUGCAUUGUGCAGCCAACACGAAGAUAUCCUGACCUGGAGCACAUCUCCUUGGCUAAUCCCUUCAUUAUCUAUGCACGACGUUACAAGCUACACUUGCCAAGUGCUUUUGUAAGUCUCAUGGGAGCAGCAGCGUUCGCCCAAGAACUCUUCCUCUUUCAUUGGCAUUCCACGGAUUGUUGGCAUGAAAGGACAUUAUCAUAUGCUUCUACGGCUCAUGGUGACUGCCUGUAUGUUCUCAAGCCUCAUGGAAGUGUUUGUGCCACAGAAUCACAAUGCCGUGAUGAUAAAGUUUUCAACGUCAAUUAUAUAAUCUUUCAUGGCAUUUGGCUGCUUCAGCUCUCAUUACUUCUUGUGUUCCCAUCAAUGUUCCUGCCUUUGCGUUUGUUCGUCACCACCAGUGGCAGUGAAAACCUUGUCAGCCAGUCCAAAGUUAUGGGAACAUUGCUUUUCAGUUUCUUUGUUGGUGGUACAAAGUGA